AUGACCGUUCACAAGAGCUAUGCUAAAGACUUCCCGGUGAAAUCAGCUGUACGAACUGAAAAGGUAAACAACCUGAGGAGACAGCUAGCCGCAAAGCAGGCAGUGUUUACGCGACCUGUUAAUAAGAGUAAAACUGCCACGAUAGCGUCUUACCGUGUGAGUCGUGUUCUGGCAAAGCACAAGAAAUGUUUUAAAGACGGCGAAGUUUUCAAAGAAGCCUUUGUGGAGGCCGCGGAUGCACUUUUCGCUGACUUCAAGAACAAGAAGGAGAUCAUGUCGGCUAUUCAAGAAACCCAGCUAUCCAGGAACACCAUUACAAGGCGGUGCGAGACCAUGUCAGAGGACAUUGAACGACAGCUUAGAAAUGACAUUGAGAGCUGUCUUUGUUUUUCGCUGCAAUUUGACGAAUCAACUGAUGCUGUGGAUGUGGCGCAGUUAUGUGUUUUCAUUCGGAUGGUUUUUCAUAACAUGACGGCAAAAGAAGAGAUUCUGACAAUUUUGCCUUUGAAAGGGCACACAAGAGGGUCGGAUGUUUUUGACACGUUUAUGGAGUUUGUCAGUAAGUCGCAUUUACCCCUCUUCAAACUUACGUCAAUCACAACUGAUGGGGCUCCAUCUAUGGUUGGGCAUACUGCUGGGUUCGUUGCUUUGUGCAAGCAGUCGGAAUCUUUCCCUGAUUUUUUGAACUAUCACUGUAUCAUUCACCAACAAGGGCUGUGCGGGAAGAUUUUGAACAUGAAGGACGUCAUGGACGUAGCUAUAAAAAUCGCGUGCUCUUUUCGGGCCAGGAGUUUACAGAGGCGCUUAUUCCGUGCCCAGCUCGAGGAGGCAGGUGCAGACCACACCGAUCUGCUGCUGCACACCGACGUCAGGUGGUUGAGCCGAGGCAAAUUCCUCGAAAGAUUUUUGGAACUUUUGCCCGAAAUUAAAGAGUUCCUGAAGCACACAACUACCCAUGCUGCUGCUUAUACUCAGCUGGAGGACGGUCAGUGGCUCGCUGAUUUGGCUUUUCUCACAGAUGUCACCAAUAAGAUCAAUGACUUGAAUCUCGAGCUGCAGGGGAAAGGAAAGCACAUCGCCAACAUGAUCAGUUCAGUGAACACCUUUAAAACGAAGUUGCGCCUGCUGGUACGCAGGUUGCAACAGUGUGAUGUCAGGAACUUUCCGCACUUGGAGGCUGAGCUCCGCCGUCAGGGCAAAGACAGUGUGGAACUUGCUCGUUAUGAGCAACAGAUCCAAAACAUUCUUUUGGAGUUUGAGCGCCGGUUUACUGACUUUGCGUCCAUUGAGCCUGUUGCUCAGUUUCUGUGCUUUCCAUUUGGUGAAAAUGUUGAUGUGGAUUGCAUUGCGCCCAAAGUAGCCACACUCUUCAGCCUGGACUCCAGUGCUGUCGAGAAUGAAAUUCUCACACUGCAAAAUGACAUUGAGAUCAAAUGCAGAGCAACACCUGGGAUAACUGGCGAAUUCUGGAACCUGCUGCUGGAAGAGAAGUAUCCAAACCUCAGACAAUGCGCACUGAAUAUGACUUCCCUUUUUGGAUCAACAUAUUUGUGUGAGUCUGCCUUUUCACACAUGAAAAUAAUCAAGUCCAAGUACAGAACCACACUGACUGAUGACCACCUCGCAGCCUGCUUAAGGCUGGCACUCAACUCCUACUGUCCGGAUUACGAGAAGCUAGCUGCCUCCUCCCAGUGCCAGAAGUCCCACUAA